AUGGCUGGAGUGGUUCGCAACGAAGGCGCGAGCUUUAUAAACCUUGUGGUCAAAAACCCGGAUAACAUAACUGUAGACCAGUUUAAGUUUGGCAUAAAAAUGGCCGAUUUGGAGUAUCACAACAUAGACAUUGAAAACGUGACCGCAUUUUACUUGCAAAACGUCAACACCAGUAGCUCUCAGGCCCUCCGGUGGGCCAUCUCUGACUUUGUCGGCGAUUUGACGCUCAAGUGUCCGACAUAUCUGUUCGCCAAACAGUUCGCCAUAACUGUGAAGGAGUGGCAAAGGGUUUACUUUUAUGAACUCCUUUACGGAAGUAAAAGAUUUUCUCAAAUCAUUGGUUGCGAUGAGAAAACUGAAGGUAUCUGUCAUGCGGAGGACAUACCGUUUGUAUUUGGUUUACCCUAUAUUUAUGAGAAAGACUACGAACCGGAGGAUAUGUUUUUCAGUCGAGAAGUCAUGAAAAUGUGGACUAAGUUUGCGAAAGACGGACAUCAAGACCAGGAAUGGCCGCAAUUACUGAAUAACGAUGGCGUGGAUGGCGUUCCCCUUGUGAAAGGUCUGGACCCGACAAAUAUGACACUCGUAUUGAGUGAUCCCUUUCACCGCACAUGUGAUGGCAUUUGGAGCACAUAUUUCCUGUGA